AAAACUGUCAUGAAGACAACCUGGGGUGUAUUGGAUCCACCUGUGGGAAACACACGUUUAAAUGUGAUUAGAUUAAUAUCUAGCCUUUUACAGACGAAUACAAGCAGUGUGAAUCAGGAGCUUAUAGAGCUUAACAGCAUAGGAGUAAUACUGGACAUGUUCUUUAAGUAUACAUGGAAUAACUUUUUGCAUACUCAAGUAGAAAUCUGUAUUGCGUUGAUUCUUGCAAGUCCUCUUGGAAGCACAGAAAAUAGCACAAUUACAGAUCAGGAUUCCACUGGGGACCAUCUCUUACUGAAACAUCUCUUCCUUAAGUGCCAGUUAAUAGAACGAAUACUUGAAGCAUGGGAGAUGAAUGAGAAGAAACAGGCUGAAGGAGGAAGACGGCAUGGCUAUAUGGGUCAUCUGACAAGGAUAGCAAACUGUAUUGUGCAUAGUACAGAUAAGGGACCAAACAGUACGAUAGUCCAACAGCUCAUUAAAGAGCUUCCAGAGGAGGUCAGAGAGCGAUGGGAGACAUUCUGCACAAGCUCUUUAGGAGAGACUAACAAGAGGAAUACAGUGGACCUGGUUACUACCUGCCACAUUCAUUCUUCCAGUGAUGAUGAAAUUGAUUUUAAAGAAACUGGCUUCUCACAGGAUUCUUCUUUGCAGCAGGCCUUUUCUGAUUAUCAGAUGCAACAAAUGACGUCCAAUUUUAUUGACCAGUUUGGCUUCAACGAUGAGAAGUUUGCUGAUCAAGAUGACAUCGGCAAUGUUUCUUUUGAUCGGGUCUCAGACAUCAACUUUACCCUCAAUACGAAUGAAAGUGGCAAUAUAGCCUUGUUUGAGGCAUGCUGUAAGGAGCGGAUACAGCAGUUUGAUGAUGGUGGCUCUGAUGAAGAAGACAUUUGGGAAGAAAAACAUAUUGCAUUUACACCAGAGUCCCAGAGGCGUUCCAGUUCGGGCAGUACAGACAGUGAAGAAAGUACAGAUUCUGAAGAAGAGGAUGGAACAAAACAAGACUUGUUUGAAUCGCACACCAAUACAGAGGACAAAAUGGAAGUAGACUUAAGUGAACCACCAAACUGGUCAGCUAACUUUGAUGUACCCAUGGAGACUGCACAUGGUGCCAAUCUGGAUUCUGUUGGGUCUGAUGUGUGGAGUACAGAAGAACCUAUGCCAGCAAAAGAAACUGGGUGGGCUUCCUUUUCUGAGUUCACAUCCUCUUUGAGCUCAAAAGAUUCCUUAAGAAGUAAUUCUCCUGUGGAAAUGGAAACAAACACAGACCCAAUUGAUCCCUUGAGUGCGAAUGUAACUGCUCUUGCAACGCAGCUAGAGACCCCAGGAAGUGUUGCUAUGGAGGCCAGCUCAGAUGGAGAAGAUGAUGUAGAAAAUGCAGACAAGGUAACUGAAACAGUAAUGAACGGCAGCAUGAAGGAGACACUGAGCCUUACUGUAGAUGCUAAAACCGAAACGGCGGUUUUCAAAAGUGAGGAAGGAAAAUUGUCUACCUCGCAGGAUGCUUCUUGUAAAUAUGUAGUAGAAGAGAAUGCAGAGGUUGCAGAAGAGACCCCUUCAGCUCUGCAGCCUGCUAACAGCAGUCCAGAACAGAG